UCCAUACACAAAAAAUCACUAGAAAGUAAUCAAAAUUGCAUACAUAUGUGUAUGUGUGUGAUGAAAUUGAAAAUAAUGUGAUAAAGCCACGUUCAAAGGCGCCGCACAUAUAACAAAGCCCAAAAGAGGCGUUCAAAGGGUGUGGAAAAUAAUAGUGUCCAAAACUAAUAAUAGUCAAAAGAAAAAAGAAACGAAAAUGUGAAAUCAAAUAUUGUGAAACCUACAGACAGCAACGCCACCGCUGACACACACAAUCACACACACACAUACACAAUGACCCACAAAGGAUAUCGAGCUGUGGGAGCCUAUCGUAAAACUCCGGUUUGUUGUCGUCGCCGUCACUUCUGGCCGUUGCCGUUGUCAAAUGGGCUUUUGUUGGUAUAGAUUGCGGGUCGAUGAAUGUAUGCUGGCUGUUGGCACAACAACACACAGGAUGCGAGUGUGUCAUUCCUGCUAUUGCUGCUCUUGCUGGUGAUGCUGAUGCCACUGCCACUGCCACAGUUGGGCGCGUGUGACAGAUAACAAGCAGAAAUGAAGACGUCAGCGUCGACUACACCACAAUCACCUCCGCCAAAAACAACAACAACAACAGCUCUAACAUCACCAACAACAAUACCAAAAACAACAACAACAACAACGGAUGCAGUCAAGCGGCGUUUCUUCUUCUCAUGCCGUCAAUGUUGCUGCUAUUGGCGGGGGGCGCUCUGAGCAUGCCGCUAAUUAGUACGUGUCGUAGUUGUAGCGCGACGUUCGUUAUAUAUGUAUGUAUGUAUAUAUGCUGUGAUACCAAAAACAACACCAAGAACAAGAACAACAACUACGACCAAAAAUUAACACAAACGCAAUAUUUUCGCUGACGCAAAUGCCAAGGAGCAAAAUUGUGACAAAAACAGUCGCCGCAUAAGGACUUGAAAAAUACCAAAACAAGAAGCUUUAAGUAAAAAAAAACAAAAGAAAAACACCAAGCAAGGAUUAAAAUAUAAAUUCCCUUAUUAAAGACUACAUGUUAAAAAUUACAUAAAUAAUUAAUUAAUUUACUUAACAAGCAAAAAACCACGGCACCAAUUAGCGCAUAAAAUAAAUAAGUAUAAACAUAAAUAUGUAAGCUUUAGCUAGUUAAUUAUAUAUAAAAAACAAAUUACAUAGUGGCUUUAAAACAAAACACCAAGCAACAACACCAAAAAUAAAAACAAAACAACAAAGCAAAUAGUUCAAUUCCAAAGCUAAAUCGCAAACUAACGAAUAUAUGUUUAGGGAAUUUUUUAAAUAACAAGCUAAAGAAUAUUAGUAAAUUAUUAAAGCUUAGUAGAAACAUAAAUAAUAAGCCCCAAGGAACCCGCAACCGUAACCAGAAUUCAUUCAGAAAACGUGCCAUUAAAACCGGGCAGAGCGCACACGCCGUUGACAGACAACGUCAAAAAUUAAAUUCAGAGAUGCAGGCAACCACGGCAGCGAGUCAUCCGGACGAUGCAAGCAGCAUGAGUGACGAUGUUUUCGAGGAUGUGGAGACCACACAAGCACGUAUCGAUGAAUUGCGGAGACGACCAUUCGGCGAUGGCUGUUACAAUCCACCUGCCGCUCCGGCUCCCUUGAGCACCACACAUCAUCACCAUCAUCAUCAUCAAAGCCAGCAAAGUUUGACCGCCAGUCAUCAUUACCACGAUGACUCGAUUAUGGCGCCCGUUCAAAGGACCGCCUCGCCCAGUGGCUAUCCUGGCUAUAGGCCGUCGCGUGAAGCGUUGCAAAUGUACGCCUACGGCAAUACAGACUAUGGCCUGGCGGACGAUGACUACGAUGACGGCUGGCGUUCGUACCGGUACGAUGAGGUGGACAUGCAUCAGUCUCACUUGCAACCCGCCCAUUUGCAACCCUUCGACGAUACGGUCAACCAUAAGACGAUAUUGCUCGGAGAUUCAGGCGUCGGCAAAACAUCGUUCCUGGUCAAAUACAAUACGGGCGAGUUUCGACUUGGAUCCUUUUCGGCCACUGUGGGCAUUGCACUGACGAAUAAAGUUGUCGUUGUCGACGGGACACGUGUAAAGCUGCAAAUUUGGGAUACGGCUGGGCAGGAGCGUUUUCGCAGCGUAACGCAUGCCUAUUACCGGGAUGCGCACGCCCUGCUGCUACUCUACGAUGUGACCAACAAGACGACAUACGACAACAUUCGCGCCUGGCUGGGCGAAAUACGGGAAUAUGCACAGGAGGACGUGGUUAUCGUUUUAAUUGGCAACAAGGCCGAUUGUGGCAGCAGUGAGCGGCAGGUGAAACGCGAGGACGGAGAGCGCUUGGGGCGUGAGCAUAAUGUGCCAUUCAUGGAGACGUCGGCCAAGACCGGACUCAACGUGGAGCUGGCUUUUACAGCUGUUGCCAGACAACUGAAGAGUCGCGGCUACGAUCACGGCGAUGAUGGAAAAUUCAAUGUGCAUGAUUUUGUGCGUGACAAUACAAAGGCGCGUUCCGUGUGCGCUCAGUGCAAAAAUAUGUAAAAUUCUGCGUGCGCACACAAUGCGAGUCGCACAAAAUAAAGAGCAAAUUGUAAAACAAA